UAGACUGAGCCUAAUUCCUAGUCCUGUCCAUCCAGUGUGUGUCAUGAUUAAACCAGAAUCUGAACCUGGGUUCAAACCCUUCACUGAAUUGAUUCGUGUCUCUUAUUUAAAAAAUCAUGGCAGUCUGCAUCUUUCCCUUCUGUCUCGCUUUGAUGGAGUGUCUUGAAUGCUGUGGAGCAGUAGUGUCCCCCUUUGAGAUGCAAGGAUAAAUAAUUGGCUUAUUAUAAGGCACUAGUGGUGGGAGAGAAUCCACUAAUCUGGUGCACAGGCCCAUCAAUUGGUUUCUGAAAUGGGGAUUCUCAGGCACUUUUUGCAACUAACUCAUUGCAGGGCUGUAACAAAUUGUGAGAGGUUAAAAAAUGAAAAGGCAAAUGUGAAUGAAUGCACCCAGUUAUGUUAAAAUAAAUCAGUUUACUCAUUUUCCUCUUAAUUAUUGACAUGAGUGAGAAAUGGGAUAGUACUGUACUUCUUAAAAAAAUAGUUCUAAGAUUGAUCACUUUCUUAAUAGCAUAUUCAAAACUUAACAUGUUUUCAUCUGCUUAUAUUGGAAUCAUUAGGGCAUCACAGAAGCAUUUAAGAGGUCUUGUACUUUGUGCUUUACAGUAGGAGUGAGCAGAAAAGGUAGAUCAGGUUCAGCUGAUUUGCAGGAGAAUGGCAAGGAAAGCUCAGUUACUUGACAAAGGCUGCAACAAAGAAACUUUACAGUGGUAUCUCUGGUUGUGUAAUUUCGUUGCUGAAAGGAAAAAUGCUUUUUGGGAAAACCAGGAGUGGACUUACGCAUGAAAGUGUAAAAUUGCUUCUAAUCCUGAAAACAAAUUCCUGGGCUGGGCUUGUGCUCAGAGGCACCCUGGCCCUUAAUUCUAAAGGUCUGCCUGUCCCACCAGUUUGCAUCUGGCCCUGACUGAUGAAUCUCAAGGCAAGGCCAUGAAAAAUGCUUUUGAUAACUUGACGUGAAGAGUUUUUUUCCGUUUGCAUGAGGCGGCUCCUCCAUUCACCUUAUCUUGGGUUCCUGCAAUGGCAGAAGAAGAGCUCCCAGGAAAUAAAAGGCCUUGUAGAAGCUCAGCCCUCAAUAGGAAGAGGAUAAAACCUGCCAGGAGGAAGCAAGGGACGGGUGUGGAAGGGACACUGCCUUUAUCUGCAUCCUCUUUCUCAAUUGCUUCAUUUUUCAAUAAUGUCCCCCCUGCCAGAGUUGCCUGUCCUUUGUGUGGGCAGAUGGUAGCAAGAUAUGGAAUCAACCAGCACAUUGAUGAAGUGUGUCAAAAGAGCCGGGAUGACGACAGGAUUCUGGUUGGUUCGGCGCCUGACGUGGGUGCAGGCCCAUCAGUUGAAAAUGUGCCUGGUGGUUGCAGUCCAUACUUUGCAAAUAAUCCCUUGACUCCAGAGAAGUUAGUAGGUGACAACUCUGAAACAAAACCUGAGGUGGGAGGACAGGUGAGCCCAUACUUUAAGAAGGGCAGCGGUCUCCUGCUGGGCAAUGGUGAGCCAGAGGUUCAGGCAGUUGGGAAGAUCUCCCUGGGAAGGCUGUCAACCAAAUUGUCCAGGAAGCGUCGUGCUGAAGGUGGCAGCAUCUUUACUUGGGAUGCUAAGUCUCGACCAGCUCAAGAUGUGUGUGACAGCUCUAGAGAGGAGAAUCUAGAAGGCACCACUUCUUCCCAGAAAGAAAACUGGUUGCCCUUUUCAAGGCUUCAGAGACAACCUAGUCCAAAGGAAGGAUUCGAAGGCAAACGAGAAACCCUGGACCCCACAUGGGAAGGUGGCGCACGAACAUUCUUGGGUGGUGGUGAUGCUUCUGCUCCUGGAUUGUUUCCAUCUGAUCAUCUUGCUUGUGGUGAAGUUGGGCUGCCAACAGAGGACAACAAGGAGCAAAAUACUCCUAAGGAGGACUUGGAUUCUGAUAUUUGCAAGCUUGCAGUAUGUUCAACAGCUUAUAGUAAAGAAGCACCGUCAGACUUGGAAACCACAGACCUCUCUUCUGGUGAACAGGCUCUGUUGCCCAAUGUGAAAGGUAUUUGUUGCAAUCAGACACAAAAUAUCUCUUUUGCGGGGGGUGACAUGGAAGUACUUCCUAUGGAAGAUCAUACAGACUUAAAAAAUGAAGUGGUUGAUUGUGUUGGUUUGGGACCUUUGGAAAACAUGAAUUCUCAGAGUCCAAGCAGCAACAUUUUAGAGGUGGUUCUCAAUGGACUCAGCCGUGGAGAAGACCCAGGAGGGCAACCAUAUUAUCUUCAGAAUUUUCUGAUGGUCCUGCAGGCUGUGCUAGAGAAUGAGGAUGAUCAGAGGCUGUUUGAUGAGAAUGAUUUGGACACCAUUGCAAAGUUCUACCAACUCUCAGCCAGCGCUCAGAAGUUAUACGUCAGACUUUUCCAACGCAAGCUGAGUUGGAUAAAAACGAACAAGAUAGUCUACUUGGAGAUUGCUGAGGAUCUCUCAUCAUACAUCAACGAGCUUGUUGGAACAGGAUUCUUGCAGUCAGAGGCAGAAUUAAAAGAUCUGUCUGAGGCUCUUGACUUGCUUUCUGCCCCUGAGCUGAAAACCUUAGCAAAGGUCUUCCACCUGCCAAACCCAAAUGCACAGAAACAGCAGCUCCUGGAAGAUUUCUUUCGGUUGUCAAAGCAGCGCUCUGUCUUCAACAGGAACCAAGCUGGCAUUGGGAAUGUGAUUCUGAAAAGAGCAAAAGAUGUGGCUGGCAGAUCUGUCAGGGUUCAUAAAGUUCCCCGGACAGUCUUCUCACGGGUGCUGCUGCUCUUUUCCCUGACUGACCCAGUGGAGGAUGAAGAAGCUGGAAGUGGCGGCCAAGGACAACUUUCCACAGUCCUCAUGGUGAACAUGGGCCGCAUGAUCUUCCCCAGUUACACAGUCAACAGGAAAACUCAGAUAUUCCAGGAUCGGGAUGAUUUCAUCCGGUAUGCCAGUGCUGCGUACUUGUCAAAUGACAUCUCUGUGGCUGUGACUCAUGGGAACUGGAAGGAGGCGCACAGACUCUAUGAGGUGGCCAAGGAAAUCUGGCAGGAGUUGAGGGAACACUUUUCUUUGAGGUACCAUGUAGCCCUCCCGGAAUACUUGAGGCGUUUCACUGUUGGGUGGGUGUACACACGAAUCCUCUCCCAGGGUGUUGAGAUCUUGCAGAGACUACAUAUGUAUAAGGAGGCGGUGGAACAGCUUCAGGAUCUUUUGGCCCAAGACGUGUAUUGUUCUGACAGCAGAGGACGGUGGUGGGAUCGUCUGGCACUUAACUUGCACCAGCACUUGAAAGACACAGAGGAGGCCAUCAGGUGCAUCAGGAAAGGUCUCCAGGACCCAUUUGUUCGCACAGGCCAUCGACUCUCCCUGUCCCAGCGAGCCCAGAGGAUGAAAAAUUCCUCAGCGUGUAAGAAGAUAGGACAUCUCCUCCAAGAUCUGCCGCUUCUUUCCGUGGAAGAUGUCGCCCAUGUUACCAUCAAAGGAAAGCUGUGCCCACAGACCGGAAUGGGGAAGUCCAUGUUUAUCAUGGAAGAUGUUGGUGCCGAAGACCCAGGAGAAGACCUUGAGCCCUCCACUGUGGUGUGCUCUGUCGAGGAGCUGGCAUUAGCCCACUACAAGCAGCAUGGCUUUGAUCAAGGGAUUCAUGGCGAAGGAUCUACGUUCAGCACCCUCUACGGCCUCUUGAUGUGGGAUACUCUCUUCAUGGAUGGCAUCCCUGAUGUCUUCAGGAAUCCUUACCAGACCUCCCCCCUGGAUCUCUACACUGACAGCUUCUAUGAGAACCGGAGGGAGGCCAUUGAAUCCAGGCUCCGCUUACUGCAUGAGGCUUCGCCUGAAACCCUGGAAAAGUGGAUUGCGGAUGUCUGGAAUGCUCAGGAGGGCAAAGCGGCAGCGUUAAUCAGCUGGGACCGAUUCUCUUCCCUCCAGCAGGCCCAGCACCUGGCGUGUUGCUUUGGGGGUCCUUUCCUGAGUGGAGUUUGCCGACAGCUGAGCAGAGAUCUGCGUCACUGCAGGGGAGGCCUCCCUGAUCUCGUCGUUUGGAGAACGGAAGAUCACCAUUUUAAGCUGGUGGAAGUCAAAGGCCCCAAUGAUCGCCUUUCUCACAAGCAGAUGAUAUGGCUUGCCGAGUUGCAGAAGCUGGGUGCAGCAGUGGAAGUUUGCCAUGUGGUUGCAAGUGGAUCUAAAAGUAAACGCUUGAGCUGAGACUCUGUUGUGGUUGCUGGGCUCAAGGCCAGAGUAACAAAAGCUGGACACAUUUCUCGUUCCUUUGGCAUGCAGCUGCUAAGACAACACAAAUUCAGAUGUCAUUCUGAGAAAGGAGGUGACUUUUCAUUUUCAUGGGAAUCCUCUGAAUUAAGUUAACUUCUGCACCCUUUCUUGCACAUAGCAGCCCUGGCUGCUUUUCCUUGUUCCGACAGCCCUCUAGAAAUCAAGCAUUGCCUCAGCUAAGCCUUGCAGCUGCCUGCUGUCUCAUGCUAGGAGGAAUGUCUCAGCUACACGGGUUUGGACAAAAUGCAGCAGGCUUGUGUUUUCUUUCUGGAAACAACACUGCUAGGUGGUGGCUCAGCUCAAUUCAAAGUGGUAGUGGUGACCUUGACGUCACACCAUGUGGCUCAUUUCAGCCUGGGCUGCGCAUUGCCAGUCCUGCAAAAGCCCUGGCCUUUGCAGUUCGCUCGGACAACCACAGCAAUGGGCUCUUGGGUAUGUUUAACAGCCUUCCUUGCCCUUUUCCUAAAUCCAAGUCAAAGACACUCUUCCAAAAGAGUCUUUAAUUAUUAUUGCAUUUUUCUGCAAAAGUCAGACUGAGCUUAGAGCCAUGACUUGCAGUCCCACUCUUGCAGGGCAGUCUAACCUCUUGGACCAAGUGAGCUGCAAGAGUACUUUGACAAAGAACCCGCAGGUCACUCACUGAAUUAAAUUCCCAUAUUGUAAAUUAAAGUGUAAUAUGUGCACUUAAUUGCAAAUUUAUAAUUAAAGGCACAAUUCGUGGAUUUGA